AUGACAGUUGUACAUGACCAUGCAAUGGCAACAAAAAGAUACAAAAACAGAGCACCCAAUCAAAAUCUGUCAUCUUCAACCCUACCCAUCAAAUCAAAAUCCUUUUCAAAGGGGAAAUCAAAUCUCACAGCUGUUCAAAAUCAAAUCGCUUUUCUGAGUUGCAUGGGGCUAUCAUUUUCGUGCCCCUAUACUGCGUUCACAGAUUUAGAAACGAUUUCAAAUUCCAUCAGUUCGAAGAAAGAUGAAGUUAACAAUGUCGAUGGAUCUAUCAUCUCUGAAUUUUCGACUCAAGAAACAGAAUUAGAUUACGCGAAAAUGAAGGAAAUGUGUAACGGAUUAUCAGGAUUCGACAAUGUGAUUGAUGAAUUCACGAAAACCUCCAUUUUUGAUCCUGGAAGCCCUGAACAUGAAGCUGCAAUAAAGUUACAGAAGGUUUAUAAAAGCUUUAGAACGAGAAGAAAGCUCGCAGAUUGUGCAGUUCAAAUUGAGCAAAGCUUGUGGAAGCUUUUAGAUUUUGCUGAAUUAAAAAGAAGUUCUAUUUCAUUUUUCAAUCUUGAUAAACAAGAAACUGUUUAUUCACGUUGGUCAAGAGCUAGAACAAGGGCUGCAAAGGUAGGAAAAGGUUUAUCAAAGAAUAGUAAAGCCCAAAAACUUGCGUUGCAACAUUGGCUCGAGGCUAUUGAUCCAAGACAUCGUUAUGGCCACAAUCUUCAUUUUUACUAUGGAAAAUGGUUGCUCUCUCAAAGCAAAGAGCCUUUCUUUUAUUGGUUGGAUAUAGGAGAAGGAAAAGAAAUAAAUCUCGUUGAUAAAUGUCCUCGAUCAAAGCUUCAACAACAAUGCAUCAAAUACCUUGGCCCCAUUGAGAGAAAGGCGUACGAAGUUGAAAUGGAAGAUGGAAAGUUGUUAUACAAACAGACGGGUGAGUUUCUUGAUAUGACAGGCGAACCAAAAGGUGCCAAGUGGAUAUUUGUUUUAAGCACAUCAAAAAUUUUAUAUGUUGGAAUAAAGAAAAAAGGGUCUUUUCAACAUUCAAGUUUUCUUGCUGGUGGGGCCACGUUAGCAGCUGGGAGAAUCGUUGCUGAAAAAGGAACACUAAAGGCAAUUUGGCCUCAUAGUGGGCAUUAUCGUCCUACACAAGAAAAUUUUCAAGAUUUUGUUUCAUUUCUCCAUGAAAACAAUAUAGAUACGACAAAUGUUAAGAUGGAUUCAGAUGAAGAUAAAGAUAAAGAUAAAGAAUUUCAUAUCAAUCACAUCAAUAGUGUUCAUGUAAGAACACAUUCAUCAGAAGAAGAAGGAGAAGAAGAAGAACCAAAAAACGAUGAUCAUAUUAUGAAACAAAUUCAAAAAGACGAAAUUACCCUCGAGAUACCAAACAUCGAUGAAACUAUCAUACCCCUACACAACCAAGAAACAAUCUUGGAUGGAUAUGAAGCAGCAGAAGAUUCAUUCAAUUUGCAAGAAAUUAUCAACACUCCAUUAACACAUGAUCAUCAACUUUCGGAUGAUGAAGAAGAUGAAGAGGAAACAAUCAUUCAAAGGAUUAAUUCAAAUUCUUUACAAUUAGGAAGACAAUUGUCUUGUAAAUGGAGUACGGGAGCUGGACCUCGAAUAGGUUAUUUACGAGAUUACCCCUCGGAGUUACAAUCACAUGCAUUAGAAGAAGCUAAUUUGUCACCAAAAAGUGCCCCAUGUAGUCUUAGGUAUACUAACACAAUGUUAUGUACAAGUCCUUUUUCUUUUGAAAAUAGGAGUUUGUUGAGAAGAAAUAAGAGACCUUAUAGGACACAAUCAACUCCAUUAGAUAUUGGAUGCAUAGAUUUUUAGAAAAAGUCAUUGAUUUUUUAUUUUUAAGUUAGGGAAUUGUUUGAUUAAAAUUUGUUCAUUCUUUUUUUGUUUUGAUGUUAGGGAUUCUUUAGAAGUUCAAUCAUGUAAACAACCUUUAGUUUUCUUCUUCUUUGUACAAAAUACAUAUGGAAAAGGAAAAGGAAAAUAUAGAUGUGUGUACAUGGG